AGGCAUGUGCCAACGAUGAUUUGGAGAAAACGGAAGUCAAGGCCGCCAUUCCAGGGCUGGUAAACCUCCUUCGCAAUGGCAAUCCAGUUGCACAAGAACAAGCAGCUGGUGCCUUGAGGAGUGCCUGUGUGAAUAGUCCACAAAACAAGUUGGAACUGAAUCGUGUGAAUGGAAUCGGUGCAUUGGUGGAGGCGAUAAGAUACGGGACAUUGCCUGUCAAAGAGCAAGCUGGAGCUGCGCUUGCGAAUGCCUGCGCGAAUUGUGUUGAGAAUCAAUCGGCUGCACGACACGCAGGAGCCAUUCAGAUCUUGGUUGAUCAAAUCAGAUCGAAGAUAUCGCCAGAGCUGAUGGAAUGCUGCAUUGUCGCUGUGAGAAAUCUUUGCGUCAAUUCUAGGGAACAUCAAGAAGAGUUACAUCGGUGCAACGGAAUCACGCCACUGCUCGAGCUGCUUCAGGCAGACACCAAACCUCAACUACUUGAGUACGUGGCUGGAGCUCUUGCUAAGUCUUGCACGCUGUGCGAGGACAACAAAGCGACCAUCCGAGUUCAGUUCGGAAUCGAGCCGCUGAAGUGGCUGCUCGAGGACGAGAAAGUGACGAAGGAGUCAAAGAGGCUAAUCCAGCAUAUCUUGCUACUACUUGGCGAACAGUAGGAACUUGCUUUGUACAUAUUGUAGUUAUCAUAUAGCUUCGGAUAAGCGCG